AACACGUUAAUAGUAUUAAUUUUAUUAUAAACAAUAUAUUAGUACUAUUUAUGAUUAUUUCUAUGUAUAAUAUAAUAUUUCUAUGUAUAAAUAUUAUUAAUCAACCAAUACACAACAAAUUGUGUCGUUAUUCAAAUGCGGAUACAAAUCAAAACUUUCAACAUAUUAUAUAAAUAAAUUAAAGAAAUGGAACAAAAUUAUAGAUCUGAGCAACCUCCUUAUGUCCAAGCAUUACCUCAAGUAUCUGCAUCUCAAAGUUAUCAAUCUCAGCAAUAUGGUCCUUCAACUCCACUAAUUGGAAAUGAACCUUACAGAAACCCUUAUCAUGCAAUAGGAAUUGUAACUCAACAACCUGAAGUUAAUAUGGCACAACUUCCAAAUAAUUAUAGAGCAACUGCGUGGUUCACUUGUUUAUUUUGCUGUUGGCCUCUUGGUUUAAUGUCAAUUAAAAAAUCGAAUGAGGUUGAAACAGCUAUUUCAUUAGGUGACAUUGAUAGAGCUCAAAGUGCUUCUAAAUCCGCAAGAAAUUAUGCCGUUGCGGCUGUGUUUGGUGGAUUGUUUGUUAUAGCAUUAAUAGUAAUCUAUGCAAUAAAUUUAUAAUAAUAUUUUUA